AUGCGUGCAAAGACGCAACUGACAGUUCUGCACUUUAAUGAAAAUUCAAGCAACAGACAAGCAGAGACUGAACGUUGCUGCGAACAGUGGCCAUCAUUUAACGCAGCUUUUGCUGCAAACCAAUCAACUGCUCCACCACCAAUGAGCCAUUCUUUUCCAAGGCCAUUCAAACAUGAACUUGUGGCAGCAAGAAGAUCUAGAUUUGCCACUGGCACGGGAAGCACCACACUCUAG